GGGCCCGGCCGCGCAAUCGCUUACUGCGCACGCGCACCCGCAGUUAUUGAUUCUUUAUUUACCUCCGCCCGGUGGCUGAAGUGAGCGGCGGCCCCGGCAUCGCCGUGAAGGACGAGCAGCCGGUAACGAGGGGAUCGCGGUGUCGCCUCCGUCCGUCCGCACGCCCGCCAUUUUGUCGGCUGUCGUGUCCCACGUAGGAAAGAAACCGAUGGCUCAAAAGAUAAACGAGGCGCUGGAACACAUAGCGGCCGCCGAGAAAUGUCUGAAAACUGGCUUUUUAAAAUGGAAACCUGAUUUCGAUGGUGCAGCAUCUGAAUAUGCAAAGGCGGCUGUCGCAUUCAAAAAUGCAAAGCAGUAUGACCAAGCUAAGGAUGCCUACCUAAAAGAAGCUGAAUCACAUCAGAACAACAGAGCUUUCUUCCACGCUGCUAAAGCAUUUGAACAGGCUGGAAUGAUGCUGAAGGAAAUGCACAAGUUGCCUGAAGCAGUUUUUUUCAUUGAGAAAGCCAGCAUGAUGUUUGUGGAGAACGGAACCCCUGACACUGCUGCCAUGGCGCUAGACCGGGCUGGAAAGCUAAUAGAAAAUGUAAACUUGGAAAAAGCUGUUGAACUUUAUGAACGGGCUGCCUCAGUAUUUGAGAAUGAAGAGCGUUUACGACAGUCUGCUGAAUUGAUGGGAAAGGUUUCCAGGCUGCUUGUCAGGGGGCGGAGGCUUGAUGAAGCUGCAGUAUCACUUCAGAAGGAAAAGAACAUUUAUAAGGAAAUUGAGAAUUACCCAACAUGUUUUAAGAAAACAAUUGCACAAGUGUUGGUUCACCUACACAGGAACGACUACGUAGCUGCUGACAAAUGUGUUAGAGAAACUUAUAGUAUACCUGGAUUUAAUGGUAGCGAGGACAGCAUUGCAUUGGAGCAGCUGUUGGAAGGAUUUGAUCAGCAAGACCAGGACCAGGUUUUUGCUAUCUGUAACUCUGCACUCUUCAAGUACAUGGACAACGAUUAUGCCAAACUCUCUCUGAGCUUGAGAGUUCCUGGUGGAGGAACGAAAAAGAAGUUACCUGUGCAACAAGAAGGUGACCAAUCUGCACAAAAGCAACCUGAUGGUGGCGAUGAAGAGGACGAUGACUACUCCUCUGGAUUGUGUUAACUGUGGACAAAAUGUGUUUGAAAUCUCUUGGAUCAAACUGAAUUGUGAAGAAGUAGUGAAGGCCAAAGCUCAGAAGAAUUAAUUUCCUUUCCUAAGUCCAUGCUUGUUUAGUUGUAAUCCUGUGAGUAUCUGGUUUGCAUAGGAAUGGUGCAAGAUUAAUUUACAAAUUACAUUGUGAAGCAUUUGGAUUUGGCUAAUGUGUUUAUGUAUAAUUUGAUUUUUUUAAUUUUGAAAAUGCAAUCUUAAAAAUGCAGUUUAUUUUGGUUCUAACUAGAUUGUUUUAAAUCUGUGUAAUUAAUCUGUUUUGGGAAUAUAUUCUCAACGUAAUGCAUCAUAAAUCAGUAUAGGAUCAACUGGAGAUUUAUCUUUGAUGUCGUGAGACCUUGAUUGAUGACACCACUUUGUAAAACAAAAAGUGCUGAUCUUGGAAAUGUAUCAAAAUAAUGUUCUGGUUUAAUUUUCCAAUCUUUGUAGAUUUGAAAUAUUAUUGUACAGUUACCAAAAGGAUGCUGCUUCCUUAAGGCUGCAUAUCAUGACGUUAGUCUUCUGUGGUUAUGCUAUGGUGUGAGAAAUUUUUGUUUUCUGAUAUUCAGUGUUUAUGGUUUAUUGUAAAUGUGUGUGUAUAUAUAAUUCAAUUAAUGUACAAUGGGCAUGGUUCAGCAAUCGCUAGUUAAUGUAUCCUUUGUGACAAUUGCCAACUUGCAACAAGUUUGUUUUGUAAAUGCAUUUUUAAUGUUAGCCCUUUUAUCUUGAACGAAGAUUGUCAUCAAUAUCUGCAGUAGCUUUUGGUUAUUUCAUGGUAAUAUAAAUAUCAGAGACAAAAUUUGUAGUUGUCUUGCCUUGUUGCUACUAAGAAAGUAUCUUCCAAGAAAAGAUCUGCAAGAGCCUGGUGCUUAUUAUCUAUCUGUACUUGGCAAUGAUGUUCCCGUAUAAACACAAACCUGCUUUAUGUACACUCAUUUGAAAUCUUGUCCUAGUAAAGUAUACUGGCAUGAUCAUUGUUCUAUUGUGUUAUUUGUGCUCAACUAAACCUUUUGUUUAGUUUGUACUGUACUUGGCACAUAAGGUUUAAUGUAAUUUCCAAUGAAAACAUUCUAUUUAAGCAUGUUUCAAAGACAUGGAAUUUCUCAAAUGGAGAAUAAGUUGAUUUAAUGUUCUGUAUGUUUGUUCUAACAUACAUUCAAUUCAGUAGCUUCAUGGGGCAUAAUAUAGAUAUAGCGGGAGACCGUGUUUUAACUAAUUUGUAAAUUAAAACACUGCUCUACAUUUUGAGCAAUAUGCAAGCAAAAACAAAAUGCUGGAGAAACACAGUGGAUCAGGCAGCAUCUGUGGAGGGAAUGAACAGAUGACAUUUGUGGGGUUUGGAACCUUCAGAUUAAGUCUGCCUGACCCUGUGAGUUACUCCGGCACUGUUUUUGCUGAAGAUGCCAGCAUCUGUAGAUCCUUGUGCCUCUGUGUAUGCUUAGUGCACCAAGCCUUAUCUGUGAAAUGGAGGCAGUUUAUAAUUUGGCUAGAUGACCUGAUUAAGCCUGAAAUAUUAACUCUGAAUUAUUAUUACAUUUUUUUUUUUCAUGGUUUGAAUGGUUAUGCAUUUUCCUCUGAGACCAAGCUAUUAUAUUUGCGGGUUCUUCAAUUGUUAGAUGUAAUGUGGUAAAGAAAACAAUUAACCAAUAAAUGGUCCUCUAUUCCUUUA